AUGGAUACCAAUUUUGACUCAGAAAAAUUCAUUAUUGAAAUUGAAAAUCGGCCGGCAAUAUGGAAUUCUGCUUGUCCUGAAUAUUCAAAUCGUGAUUUAAAAAAAAAAUACGGUUGUGGCAUACAUAUUUCUUUUAAUUUGUUCCAUAUAACUUCACAAACUAGAGCGACAAAUCCAGAUAUUGUAGAAAUUCCGAGGCAAUAUUCGUGGUGUAAUUCCGUAAAAGAGCAUCCACUAGCAAGGUAUCUGCGAAUAAACUUGCAACGCAAAUGGAAAAGUUUACGCGAUUGUUUUUCUAGAGAAUUAGGCAGAGUUAAAAAACUUAAAUCCGGGUCUGAAACUUCCAGAAAAAAUCCUUAUGUCUUUUACAAUCAGUUAUUAUUUCUAAAACCAAUCAUUCAGAAUAAAUCAACAGAAACGAAUAUAAUGCCAGAUGCUGAUGAAAGUGAAGAUGAUUUAGGAGGUCCUUCUACUAGUCAAGUAUCAAAUAGUGAACCUAGUUCUAAGAAAAAAAAAACUACCUCUAUAAAUUUAUUGGAAAAAGAAAUAAUUGAAGCAUUACAUAAAAGUGUUGAGCUUCGAGAAGAACAGACCAAAAAAUACGAGGAAGACGCUGAUAGAUUGUUUUUGUUAUCUUUGUUAAAACCUUUAAAAGAAAUACCUGAACACUUACGUUUUUCAGUUAAAAUGGAUUUAAUGAAAAUAACAAAUAAUGCUCAAAUCAAUUCACACUCAGCUUCUUUAACUUUAUCUCAUCCUCAACAAUACAACUUCAGUAGUCAAAAUGUAAUGCCUUACAUUAAUCAAGAUUUAAAUACGGGCCCUAGGUCUGUGUAUCUACCUAACCAACUACACUCAGAUCCAAAUUAUCAAAGGGCAUUACAAAAUCAACUGAUUACUCAAAAAAGACCUACAUCUACAAUACAGCCAUAUUCAAGUAACACAAAUCCAUUGCCUUCACCAAACACCUACACUUCUACUGAUAAUUCUUCGGACUCAUAUAUUCAGAUCGACAUAUUCAAUUAA